AUGGAGGACGUCAUUGAGGAGGGCGAAAUCGACGCCGACGAGGAGCAGCUGACCACCGACGAUGACGCCGAGCUGAUGCUGCUGGAGGCGAUUGAGCCCUAUCAGAUUCAGUCGCUGGUCACCUCGGUGGCAGCCACCCUGCUGCGCACCAGCAAGUCACCCCUGAGCAUCAACAACCGCUGGACGCUGCCCGACGACCAGACCGCCCUCCUCUCGACGCUCACUUCGCCGGACAUUAAACUGAAGUGUCACAUGAUCCUCGCGAAGGCAAAGGAGCUGCGCAGGGCGAACUACUUCAGCGAGUCGCGGACGCUCUACGUCGCCCUCAUCGAGGACAUUCAGGCGCUCAACCAGACGCUGGCGGACAUCAUUCGCUACGAGCUGCUGCACACCGACCUGGAGAUCUUCUUCCAGUCGAGUGACGUCGACGAGCGGAUGAUGCCCGAGAUGGAGAAGAAGUGCCUGACGCUGCUGAUGGACAGCCGGGCGCUGGCCUGCUACCGGGAGACCUUUGAGCUCGCCUGCGUCUUCCUCCUCAACCACUGUCCGGGCUCACUGAAGGAGUACGCCUCCGCCUCGGGCAGCGACCUGGUGCGCUUCUGCGCCAGCCUCGCCAGUCUGGUCGUCGACGCGCCGCCCACCUCGUCGCAGCCACCCACCUCGCAGACCCGAGAGAGGGCAAAGGAGUUCUGGGAGCUGCUGCUGCUCUCCUACAACCACAGGGACGGCGGCGGCAAACAGCAGCAGCAGCAGCAGUCGCAGCAGCAGCAGUACAGCAACAGCCCACUUCCCUUCGGCCAGCAGCGCAGCAGCACCUCCGGCUUCUCCGGCUUCACCGGCGCCGGCCUGGAGGGCUUCAUCGGUCGCUUCACCCGGCCGCGGGUGAUCAGCCUGGUGGCGACGGCCAUCGCCAAGGUGUACAACAACGUCAAGGACAACACCUCGCCGAAGAUUGCCCUGAGCGGCAGCGGCUGCGACCUCUUCCCCGGCUCCAUUCCCUCGGCGGUGCUGGCCACGCUGGACCUCGCCUCGGUGCGGCUGGUGCUGGAGCGGACGCUGCGCCGGUACAUCGACGCCGUGCCGGGCGACCUGACGCUGCUGCGCUACCUGGGCGACUACCUCCUCGCGGAGGAGCUGUACAGCGCGGCGAUGCGCUACUUUGUGCGCGUCGUCAUGAUCGAGACGAAGUACUUUGCCGACUUUCAGUUCCUCGAGGCGGACGAGCUGAUCGUCCACCAGAUGAUCGUCUGCAGCACCAAGAGCGACUGCCACGUGCAGGCGGCCGUCCUCUACCAGCUGCACGCCAGUCCCGACUACGGACUGGCCUUCAAGGAACUGAACCAGGCGCUCUCCGUCGACUCCGCCGACGACCUCUACGACUGCAUCUGGGACGUGACGCUGCUGGAGUACCUCAUCAACCACCACCACCGGCGGAAUGACAUGGAGCGCAAGCUGAAGGUGACGCGGCUCAUCUCCCAGCUCGACCUGAAUGUGAACAACGGCGAGAAGAUUCAGCGCGAGGCGGCCAACCUGCGCAAGAAUAAGCUCUUUCGGAUGCUCGCCAAGCAGUACAUGUGA